AUGUCUACUGUUAAUGUUUUGAGGUAUUCUGCUUUGGCACUUGGUGUUGCAGUUGGUUUGAAGACUGAUUUGUCUUUGAAGAGCGCUGCCGAAAAGGAGCACGAAAAGAACGAAUUGGAAGCUCAAUUGAAGCUUGUAGAGAAGGCCAAGGCUGAAUAUGCCAAGCUACACCCUGUGAAGAAGGAAACCGCUGCUGCAUCCUCCACCAAGAUUGAUUUGGAAGACCCUAACUUGGACUAUGCAGCCGUUAUCUUGAAUGCAGUUGAAUCUUUGAAGCAAUAA